CUUCAGUGAGCAUCUUCACAUAAACUGGCUCAGAUAUUAAAAGAAAGGCAGCAGGUUUGCGUUUUUUAAUGGAGCUAUCAGGCCUUUCGUUACAGAUGUCUGGUUAAUUUAGGCCUGCAGUACGUCCAGGAGGCUCAGUAACUUUAGGAUUAUCAUGACCACUCUGACCUACAGUAAUUGAGCUGAUUUUCAGAGAGAAGAAUAGAUGUGCUGCUGAUCCAUUUAGGAGAUCCACAUAGGCUAUAGGUCAUCAUGAGCAUGUGGUGUAAAUUAUCUACCUUUUCCCAUCUUUCCUGAACAGUUGCUGCAUGUUUAGGAGGACAGUACUUCCCUCAGCUUCUCCACGAUGCUGUAUACUCUAGCAGGAGGAGGCACGCUGUGCGGUUUGGCUGCCCUCGUGCUCCUCAUCGUUUCUACAGCAACGGACUUCUGGAUGCAGUAUCGAUACUCGGGUAGCUCAGCCAAUCAGGGGCUUUGGAGGUUCUGCAUCAACCACAAAUGCCAUGCCCAUACCAUAACUGUAGCCUUCUGGGAUGCGACUCGGGCCUUUAUGUUGCUGGCGGUGCUGAGCUGCUUUGCUGGCGUGGUGCUCGGCCUGAGCGCUUUCACUAAUGGCACCAAGAACAGGAGGGUCCGUACAGGAGGCAUCGCUCUGGUCCUCUCAGGUUUUCUUGCUCUGUUGGCUCUUGCAAUUUACACCGGAGUGACUGUCACUUUCUUUGGCAAACGCUUCUUGGACUGGCGCUUCUCCUGGUCCUACAUCAUAGGUUGGGUGGCCAUAAUUUUGGCUUUUGCAGCAGGUGUGUUCCAGCUCUGUGCUUACCAGCGGACCACUGCAGAACCUGCUCCUACAAGUGCCCAAGAGAGCUGA